AUGGCUUCGACAUCAGCGGCCGCAUUGGCUGCCACAUCCGUCCACGCCCUUGCAAAUGGGACGGCGCUGCUUGCGACCUCGACAGUUGCUACCACCUUCCCUACCACGUCGAUGAACGGCACUGCUCCCGAUGGACGUCCCGCAGAUACAGGGAAAUGCCAAUUGCUGGGGCCCUUUGCUAUUCUUGUACAGGGAGCGUUAGGAGCACUCGCUUUACUGUCGUUGGUAUUCAAGAGAUGGCGAGAACGACCACAAAGGCCUGUGAAGAUAUGGGCCUUCGAUGUGUCCAAGCAAGUCUUUGGGACAUUGCUGCUUCACAUGGCAAACCUGUUGAUGUCCAUGUUCUCCGCAGGCGAGAUAGAAGCUCAGCUGGCAAAGGCUGCUGCAAAAACAGUGGGAGCAGGAACAGACGAUGACUGGAGUCCAAACCCGUGUUCGUUCUAUCUACUCAAUCUAGGCAUGGAUACGACAGUUGGUAUCCCAAUAUUGCUCCUGAUAUUGAAGGUCCUACACAUCGGUGCUAGCAAGACACCUCUGGCGAAUCCGCCAGAAUCUAUACAAUCUGGUCAUUACGGCAAUCCUCCGAGGGUGUCCUGGUGGCUCAAGCAGAGUAUAUUGUACUUCGUUGGUCUAUUGGGUAUGAAGGCGUGCGUUUUCUUCAUCUUUCAGCUCUGUCCAUGGAUUGUGGUAGUGGGAGACUGGGCCUUGAAAUGGACAGAAGGCAACGAGGCUCUGCAGAUUGCAUUCGUAAUGCUAAUAUUUCCUCUCAUCAUGAACGCCUUCCAGUACUACGUUAUUGAUGGCUUUAUCAAGAAAAAGCCGGAAAGUGGUGAUAAUGCAUCACAGCAUUCUCGCGCCGAAUCAGAUGGUGAAAGAGGAGGCUUGUUGGCUGGCGACGAACACAAUCAAGCCCACGAGCACGAUGACAACCACGGAAACGUGGUACGUGAAGACUCGGCUUCUAAAGCCGGUGUUCGUGCAAACGCAGCCGAGCCUUCGGAUCGUGAUGGUAAUCAGGAAGAUCAAGACAAGCAACAACACGACGAGAGUGAUCAAUCGAGCAGUAGCUCUGCGACAAUUACGGAGCGACAAGCCGAUCAGCAAAUACGGGCAUCCAAGAGCUUGAACCUACAACCUGACGGCUCGCCUUUAACAGGGACGUAG